UCGGCAUUAUUCAACUUUCAAUCUUUAUUACUCGUGAUUUUACUUAUCAUCUGUACAUGUACUUAUUUAAGAUCAACAGCUCCAAGUUUGAUUGAUAGAAACAAACAUGGUUUCUUAGGUUUGUUUUAUAAAUCUUCUAGAAUCGGUGAACGUUUAUCUCCUUAUGUUGCUUUAGCUUGUAUCACGAUGGCUGGUGUGAUUCGUGAGUUAUUAUUUUGGUUUUUCUUCAAAUGA